AGAUAUUUAUAGCAGCGCGAGACGAGGAGGGGAGGGCAGGGUGAAGGGGCCAGAUGACGCCGGGCGAAGGUGCCUGGUGCCUGCGCCUGCAUCGAGGGAAAUCAUUCAGACGCUAAAACGUUGGGGCUGACCAGGCCGAGUCAUCUGCAUGAUGGUCUCGUAUGUCUACACCGUCAACCCACAAUCCUCAGGAUUCACCGACGGGCGGAUCAGCCUGAUUGAGCCGAGUACUAUUUCCCUGCCAAUGCGAGACGGAGUGACCGCGAGAGGAAGAAGAACUCGACUCCGGAGAGUACAACCCAUCCCAAACUCGAACAAUCACUGCGGUUCAUUCCUGUCCACUCCAGUGCAUUCGACAAUGCAUCUCCGAUCGGUUUCUACUUUUAGACCGUCCCUGCCUUCCCGAAGGCUGUGGCGUCGUGCAUCUCACUGGCGCCUCCAGGCAGAGAACCUGCAUAGAUCCCGUUUGACAUCCGCCUUACGUCCGAUUGCCAUCCCAUCCAGUCAGAGCAACUCGAUGCUACAUAAAACCCCGGCGGCUCCUCGUUUGGAACGACGGCCCGUCCAGCGCGCCAGGGUUCAUCGCGACCUGGACCAGGGCAGGGCCGGCCAGUGAAUCAUUCUCGCAUGACUCAUGCCUUCUUUCCAUUCGUAAUGAAUAAUCGGGCCAGGCUGGACAAAGUGUUGGACGGUAGCCUCGGGCGUAGGGACGAAAUCAGCCGAUGCAUCGUACGAACC